AAUAUUAAGGUUUUCUUUUUCACAACUAACCCAAUUUUUUUUUUUUUUUUUUAUUUUUUUUUUAUAUUUUUUCUAUAUUUUUAUUUUUAUUUUUUUUUAAAUAUGUGUUAUGAUAUGUUACUUGUGUAAGAAAAUUAAAAAGAUCUCACUUACGUUGGACCAGCAUAUUUUGAUAAAGUGGGAUUAAGUGAAACACAUAUAUGUAUAACAUAUUUCAGGAGUUAUAUCAACGCAGGUGUUCCUUACACUGCUAACAGUGUAUCUGGUUUCAUCUGCCACUCUGAAAUUGAAUGAACGGUCAUCAACUGAAGGGCUUUUCGAUGGUCCCUGUUUUACCAGUAAAGGAGAAGGAUCUACAAUGUUAAGAUCAUUGAAAGAAAGCAUGACAGACCUAAAAACAAGAACAAGGGGAUUGAAACAAUAUGCAGAGUUAUUUAAGCAGUAUUUGAAGGAACAAUAUCAAAUUCCAGAUGGCACGACACAAUUUUUAGAUGCAAUGAAUUGGAUGAAUCAAGAGGAUAUGAUUAUAAAUGGAGCAGCAAUUAAAAAACCAAAUGAAGUUUUCAAGUCACACUACCAUCUAUUGUCUGUAUUUGGUUUAUACGUCAAACAAUUACGAACAAACGGUACACUCGCUGUAAAGAAAAACGAAGACGAAACAAGGAAAAAACUAUAUAACCUGGAAACAAAAAUCUACAAUUGCAUGUGCAACCUCAAAAUCGCUCUUCAGUCUUCCGGAAGUGACGUCACCAGGAACGUGACAAACGAUAUUCUCGAUCCAAAUUUUAUGGCAAAUAGCUCUCCGCUAAUGAAUGCGAUAUAUAGAGCAUACAUUACGAUGAAGGAUGGUAUUAACUUGAUGGAGUUUCUGAACAUCAUUUAUCAGAAAGUAGAAGAAUCCAUAAUGACGGCUUAAAGGCGGUCAGUCUCAUUUGAGCAGUAUUUUAUAACAUUUUUCAGCUUUCAUUUAUUCGUAAAAGAUUUAUUUAAGGAACAAAAAGAACCAUUACAUAGAGUUAGAUCCCUAUAGGAAAUGUAUAUUUUAUUACUUUUUAUGAGAUUUUGUAGUUACCUCCCUUCGAUAUAAAAGUAUUUCAAAAGUGGACUAUUUCUUUUGAUUUCAAUAUAAUAUCUACUUUUACAUUAAUUUCUAAUUAAUAUACUUUAAUUUAAUGUAAUAUAAUUUAUUCCUUCGGCAAAUAUGUUUAUCUAAUUUAUACUUCUGCUAAAAUAACGCAUUCUUGGUUAGGGAACCAGGAUAGGAAAAUCAAAAUUAAAAAAAUUCUUCCAGUGAAAAUCUGGUGUGCGAACACAAAUUUAAGUGUAAAUGAUCAGUUGUUUAAGUGUUGACCAAAAACUGAUUUACCACCAUUGAAGUCGUCUUUAUUGACAAUAAAAUGAUGUGAUAAAUACCA